UUGAAAGCUCGUCUAGGCCGUCGUUUUCGGUUUAUUGUUAUUAUUUUGUUUACGAAUUAAAAUGGCUAUUAAAAAACCCAAAGUAAUGGUGUUCUCUUAAGUUUGGUACAAAAAUGUUGAAUUUAUUACCAAUAGACUAUAAUUUAGUUUAAUGCUUAGUGUUCAAUACUCUCUUGUUUCUCUGCAUUGACGCCACGCUAGGGCCAGGCUUGUUAUUCUGAAAUGUUACCACUGAGUUUCGAACAGUUACAAUAAUACAAAUAUAUAUAUAUAAAUAUCGUUUUAAUAAACACUUAUGUUUUAAUCACACUUGUUACAAUGACAUUUUAUGUUGGUGGCAUAAUGGACCUUUUUCUUAUAUUAUUAUCCUUCGCAUCAUUGGGAAUGGCAUAUGACAAAGCAUCUUUCUAUGGGGCCAGUUUUAUAUCCUACCCGCUUCAAGAAGCCAAAGGUAUAACUGACAUUGGUUUUCGUUUUCGCACACAUCUCUCUGAUGCUUUACUUCUGUUGGCUGCUGGCAAGACUGAUUACUGUAUGAUUCGACUUGAAAAGGGCAGACUUAAGCUUAACAUAAAUCUUGGUGCUGGCGAGAGUGAGCUCUUCUCUCCCAGGGGCAGUCUCAAUGACAGCCAAUGGCAUCAUGUCAGCAUCGUACGCCGUGAGGCGAAUCUCACUAUGAAGGUGGAUGACAGCACAGUGAAAAAGCGACUGCCGGGCAGGUUCUUUGAACUGAACAUACAUUUCGGUGUGUUCCUUGGCGGCCAGGGGGACUUCUCUGAAUUGUUUUUGGGUCAUAUGGAAAACUUCCGCGGGUGUAUGGAAGAUGUUUACUAUAAUUCGGUAAAAAUAAUAGAGAAGGCUCGGUCGCGCGCCGGCUCGGUGCACGUGGAAGGAGUGACCUGGAACUGCGCCCCGGAAUUCGACGCUGAUAGUAACACCGACAUAAGUUUUGUUGAUGAAGGUGCUUACUUGAUUCUGCCCAGGAUUAACUCCAGAGCUGGCGGAAGAUGGCAAAUAGAAUUCAAGACGAUAGCACAAAACGCGGUGAUACUAUACAACGCCGGAGGGGGCCGUUCGGACUUUCUAGCCGUCGAAAUAUUGGAGGAGUAA